AUGGCUCUAACGCGGCCGGUGCGGCUCUUUUCUCUCGUGGCUCGGUUGCUCCUGACGCCCCGACGAGGCCUCACGGUCCGCAGUCCCGACGAACCCCUGCCGGUGGUGCGCAUCCCAGUGGCUCUACAGCGGCAGUUGGAACAGCGGCAGAGCAGGCGUCGGAACCUCCCGAGGCCGGUGCUGGUUCGACCCGGACCGCUGCUGGUUUCGGCGCGGCGGCCGGAGUUGAACCAGCCGGCGCGCCUCACACUGGGCCGUUGGGAGCGCGCGCCGCUAGCCUCUCAAGGCUGGAAGAGUCGACUCGCGCGUCGGGACCACUUCUCCAUCGAGCGCGCGCAACAGGAGGCGCCAGCGGUGCGAAAGCUGUCGUCUAAGGGUAGCUUUGCUGAUCUGGGCCUGGAGCCCCGUGUGCUGCACGCACUACAGGAGGCUGCGCCUGAAGUCGUUCAGCCCACAACCGUGCAGUCUAGCACCAUCCCUCCACUACUUCGCGGCCGCCACGUCCUUUGCGCCGCAGAAACCGGCAGUGGCAAGACUCUCAGCUACCUCCUGCCGCUGCUUCAACGGCUCUUGGGCCAGCCAAGCCUGGACUCCCUUCGUAUCCCCGCGCCCCGAGGCCUGGUCCUUGUUCCUUCCCGAGAAUUGGCCCAACAGGUGCGGGCUGUGGCCCAACCCUUGGGCCGCUCUUUGGGCCUGCUGGUGCGGGACCUGGAGGGAGGCCACGGCAUGCGUAGGAUCAGGCUGCAACUGUCCAGACAACCUUCAGCAGAUGUGCUUGUGGCCACUCCAGGGGCUCUGUGGAAGGCCCUGAAAAGUCGACUGAUCAGUCUGGAGCAACUCUCCUUCUUGGUGUUGGAUGAGGCAGACACACUGCUGGAUGAAAGCUUCCUGGAACUGGUGGACUACAUCUUAGAGAAGAGCCACAUAGCAGAAGGCCCAGCUGACUUGGAAGACCCUUUCAAUCCCAAAGCUCAGUUAGUGCUGGUAGGAGCCACAUUUCCCGAAGGUGUAGGCCAGUUGCUGAAUAAAGUCGCCAGCCCAGAUGCUGUCACCACCAUCACCAGCUCCAAGCUCCACUGUAUCAUGCCUCAUGUGAAACAGACAUUUCUGAGACUGAAGGGAGCAGAUAAGGUGGCCGAGCUGGUGCACAUCCUCAAGCAUCAUGACAGAGCAGAAAGGACUGGCCCCUCAGGAACUGUUCUGGUGUUCUGUAAUAGCUCCAGCACUGUGAACUGGCUGGGUUAUAUUCUGGAUGACCACAAAAUCCAACAUCUAAGGUUGCAGGGGCAAAUGCCAGCCUUGAUGAGAGUAGGAAUCUUCCAGUCCUUCCAGAAGAGCUCCCGAGACAUACUUCUCUGCACAGACAUAGCCUCUCGGGGCCUGGACAGCACUGGUGUGGAGCUGGUUAUCAAUUACGAUUUCCCCCCAACGCUGCAAGAUUACAUCCACAGAGCAGGGAGAGUGGGCCGUGUGGGGAGCGAGGUUCCAGGCACCGUCAUCAGUUUUGUGACUCAUCCCUGGGAUGUGAGCCUGGUUCAGAAGAUUGAGCUGGCGGCUCGCCGAAGGAGAAGUCUUCCAGGACUAGCAUCCUCGGUGAAAGAGCCUUUGCCGCAGCAGCCUGAUUUUGACAAAUUUGAUUAAAAUGUGAUGCUAGAACAGGGAUCUUUCCCAGUAUCUUGGGUGGGUGACCACACUUGUCAGUGGGAGGCUCUGGGCUGCCCUGUCAGCUCCUUGAGGGUGGGAUGAACUGCUUUGUGACUUGGAAAGGUAAGCUGCUGGCCAGCAUUGGAGAAGAAGCUGCUGAGCAUGGCUUUCUGUAGUCUUUCACAAGACACAAGUGGAUUUUGACUUUGUAUCAUAACAUGAUUUCUAACAAUAAAUGAUAUUUUUAUGUGCCUCCCCUAA